GACUCGCUUUUGAAUUCGAGUCAAGACUUUGACUGGACGGGGUUCCGGCAGCUGGCAGCAAAGGCAGCAGACACGGGAGUGGGAAAUGGAAUUGGGCCUUCUUUUUUUAUGCACACUUUCGACUCGGAAGGGACUUUUGUUUUUGCGUCUUCGGCGCAAAACUCCAAACUGUCUCUCGUCAAAGUCCUGCCCCCCGGCAUGCAGUGUCCCGCAGACACGGGAUACCCCACUCCCAUUCGGCUGCGUCAGCUGAGUCUGCUGGCCAUCUCGCUGACUACCAGCGAAAUAAUUCUUGACCCUGAUUGGCUGCUGCUGGUGGGGCUGCUGCUGGGGCUGCUGCUGGUGUGCCUUUUGCUGCUGGGGCUGGCUGCGCGUUUCCUGCGGCACCGCUGGCCCGCUGUUGCUGCUGCUGCUGCUGCUGCGCGGGGCCCCCUGUGCCUCCGCAGCUGCAGCGAGCUGCUGCUGCACCGCAGCAAAAGGGCCCUCAGACGCAGAGCAGCAGAUCUCUGCAGCAGCUUCCUCAGGCCUUCGGGCCCCACACGCAUUUCCCACUUCCGAGUCCGCAGCGAGUUGCAAGAAGUCCUUGACAACACUGAGCAGCAGCAAUAUGACCCUUUGGCGGACAUCAAGCCCGCGCUGGAUCGUCUCCACGUCGAAAUAGAUAUUCAAGACCUCCGCGUUGUGCAGGCAACUCUGGAGAAGCUGUGCGACAUGCGGGCAGCAGUCUCAGCAAUCUUAGAUCAAGAAAUGCAAAAAGAAAAAGAGACAUGUGCAGAGGCAGCUGAGCUGGUGGAGAAACUGCUCAAGUCGCUGCAGCAGCAAGUGGAGAGUGCAGAACUGAAGGGAACUUUGCCUCUGCGGAGUCAGCAGGUGACGGCGCUGCUGCGCUGCAUAUUGGCUGCGCUGCAGGGGCCGGAGCAGCGGCAGGCAGCAGCAGCAAAGCUGCAGCAGCUGGAGGAGCAGCUCAAGAACUUGCCGGGGCAGCAGCAGCAAACUUUCAAAACUGCAGAAGCCAGCAACAGAGAAGCAGAAAUCCUCAGAAGCUGCGUCGCAAAGGCCGGCCCUUCUGUCUACGACUCCCUCGACGCAGCCAUCAGAACUGCCAAGGAAAGCAAAGACUCGACAGCGGAGGCCAAAGAAGCCACUGUGGAGUUCGCAGCAAAAGCCACUUCGGACUUGGAGGGCCAGCGGCACUUCAUGUUGGCUUCCGUUUACGACUUGCAGCUGAAGCAGGAGGCGAAGCAGACGGCGGGGCGUUUCAAGAGUUUGUUGUAUUUGCACCGCCACGUGGACCUCGCCGAGCGCAGGAAACUCGAAAAGAGCGAAGCUUUCAAAACCCUUCUUGCAGUUUCUCGCCAAGAGGUCUUCGAACUCCAAGAAGCACACAGCAGCAAGAUCCUCGAGUGGCAGCAAAACGCGCUCGUUCAGAGAGUCAGGGAAGACGACAGAAUGCUGAAGGAACUCUCAGGGCCUCUCGGCCGGGCCUUCCAAGAGACCAUGGCGGAGCUGCUGACAGCGCGAGAAGACGAAAUUUCGUCAAUGGUGAAUAACCUGUCGGGCUCUGUGGGUUCGAUAGUGCAGCAGCGGUGUUCGAAGCUGGCUGGCAACUGGAGCCAGUCCUCCUACACUCGGAGGGCUUUGAAGGAGUUGAAGGAGCUGAAGCAGCAGCAGGAGCUGCAAAUAAAAGCGAAAGCAGAUCAGCAAAUGGAGCUGCUGCGCACUUCUCUGCAAGCUGCCCACGACGCUGCUGCCCGCCACUCCCGCGUGCUUUCUGAGCGCGAGCUCGCGGCGCUCACGAAGCUGCACAAGGCUUUCAAGAAGGAGCUGCGGGCUCAGCACGCAGCAGCAGCAGCAGCAGCAGCAGCAGCAGCAGACACGCAGGCCGAGGCUCUCAGCGCUGCCCGCAGGUGCAAAGGAAGCUCCGGAAAGAUCGUCACGGAGAUGUUCUCUGCAUGCUUUGCAAAUGCAGGCUCGCAGGACAACUCCUCUUCAGCCCAGCCCCCCCUCUCCUUCGACUCCGACAAAAUCGACGCAAUUCGCAAAGAAGCUCUUGAGAAACUUGCUGCAGCUUUUGCCCGCCGCGAAGAACUCCACAAACAGGCGGAGGCGCAAAGGCUCGACCACCUCGAGAAGCACCGCCACGCAAUCUUGAAGUUCAUCACGGAAACUUCGAAACUCGCCUCGGACCGCGCGCGCGGGGCGGCUACCAAAAUCGCAACUCUUGCGGAAGCAACAGCAACAGCAGAAGCAAGUUUGGGGGCUCCCCUGGUGCGGCACAUGGGUCUGUCCCGAGCUUUUGAAGAUUUGCUGCAAGUCCAAGCGCUGCCGGACAGCACUCGAAGCAAAGUUUUGACGCUGAGACAAAAGCAGCAAGCCACUUUCCAGGCCCUCCUCGAUGCCCACAACAAGAAGUUCCAACUCGCCCACUCGACCGCAGUUGUGGGCCUCAAGCGCACAAACAGUCGCUACAUAGAGGGACUGAAACAAGCCAUGUACAAACACCGAGAAGAGACAGAAGAGUUAGCCAGGCAGGCGUUGGAGAAACUCGCAGAAAUCCACAAAAAAGAUAUCGAGGAAAGGACUCAACUCAAGACUCUUCUGGCCAAUAGCAUUUCUGAAGCUUUGGUGCUGACGGCAGAGGCGGAGGCGCGCACAGAAACCUGCCAGAAGCAACUUAAACUCCUUGAGGGAUAUAAAAGCCAUCAAUAUGACUCAGGGGAGCUCAAGUCCAGGCUGGAGGAGGCGGCUGCAGAGGAGCAAAGUCUGGUCAAGAGUGCACAGGAAGAAGAAGAAUCGCGUCUGGAAGACCAGAAAACAGCCUUUGAAAUGCUUGGCGCCAAGGAGAUGGAGCUGGUCGAACUGCUGCAUGCGCAUCAGCUGCAUGUCAGUGACAGCAGCCACAUGGAAAUCGCCGCGGCAGAGCUCCAUGAAGCAGAGGUGCAAAGCGCCACAGAACGCAUUACAGAGCUGCUGCUGCAGCACGCCAAGACCCAGGCCGCAGCAAUAUUCAGCAUUGCAACUAGCGGUGCUCCCGCGGUGGAAGCCGACAUUGCUGACUACUGCGCGAGCUGGGAGAAGGUGCUGGCCAGCUCAGCAGCAACCAAAGCUGAGGACCAGCAGAGACAUAAAACAUCCAACGCCGAUCGCAUGCACAGCCUCAUGAAGUCCCAAGAAGCCCAAAACCUGACAAGGCGCAAGCAUCAACUGCAUUUGCAACAGUACCAGGGGCCAAUGGCGACAGAGAAAAGCCGAUUCGUGAAUGACUUAUUGCAUCAGCUGGCCGUGUACCAAGCGAAUGCAGCUUUCGAGGCGGAGAAAACGGCUUUGGAAACGAAAAGCGGCGAAGAGCUGAGGGCCGUGGAAGCCGAGCUUGAGGAGCUCGAGGCACUGAGCAAGCUCGCUGCGGAGCCAGCAAACUUCAGCCAGAGUCCCGAUGGCUCAGCAAACGCAGUCGAUGGUGCUGCACAGGCUGAAGGGUCAGGAGAAACUGAUGGAAAGGUUCGGGACAGCGUAGAGGAUCCAGAGGCGUCCGGCGCAGAGAAGCAACUUGGGGAGGAGUCUGCUGGGGGCCCCAGCAGCAGCGGAGAAGCUGGAGAAGACGCAGCAAAGGAAGGAGGACAGGAAGGUGCUGAAGAAUUGCAAAGUGGCAGAGAUGCGGUGGAGGAGAAACGGCGGCAGCUGGAACUUGCGUUGGCCGCGGGAGAUAUAAAAGGGGCUCAGGCACAUCUCGUUGAGAUCUACAAGCAGCGCAUGAGGUACGCCGAAGAAGAAGCUGAUCGGGAAAGAAUGCUGCAAGACCAGCGCACGCAGCAGUUGCUGCAGGAGAGGCGGCGGCGGCUGCUUGAGAAGAAAGCCCGGCUGGAGGCGGAACGGCAGCAGGCCCUGGAAGAACUGGAGAAAGCGAAACAGGAAAAGCUUGAAAAGCUGCAGCAAGAGCUGCAGCAAAACCUGGUGGACUUUUCCAUAGAGUUCGAAGUCGAGCCGCACGAACUUGACAAGCUCUCUCGCCAACUCUGGACAGAAUCCCACCAGCGCUACCAGAAACAGCUGCGGGAGCUUGAAAAGAGGCAUGCACAAGACACGGAAAGUGGCUACGAAGCAUUCCUCAAGGAGUGGGAAUCAAACCACGACGGAGAAGUCGAGGCUGAGCUUCAACUUAGGCAUGUGGCCUGGCGGGCAGCUGCGAGAGAAUUGGAAGACCACCAGCUGCACGAAAAGCACGAACUCGAAGAGUCAUGGCAAACGGCCCUGGAAGCUGAUACCACAAUACGCACUGUCUGUUUGUGGCCAAACAUCAUGUCUUCAGGAAAGCUUAAAAUGUUGGCAGCAAAGGGUAGCGAAGCAGCGAAGGAGUACCUUGAAGAGAUAAAAGAAAAAAGGAAGCAAAUGAGUGAAGUCUGGCAGCAGCGCUUCCAGCAAAUUCGGCAGGAGCAAGCGGAGGCCCAGAGAGCCAUCGAGGAGAAACAGGCAGCGUACAAGGCUCAAGUAGGAGAGCGCAUCAAAGCCGUUGAAGAGCAGUGGGCACAAAAGCUGCGGGAUCUCAAAGACGAGGAGUGGACGAAGCUUCAGCAAGUGCAGGAACUCGCGGAGGCGGGCAUAAAAGAGCGCCGAAUGAUGAUUGCUGCUGCCACGGAAGCAAGAAUGAAGGCAAGUAAAGGGGAAGGAGACGAGGCCGGGGGCUCCACGGGGGAUACAAUGCACGACCGGUUGCUAAAUGAGCUGACAGCAGAUCUGCGUCAGCUUGAACGCGUUCUUCAAGCCGAGAAAAAUCGCCAGCAAGCAAAAUAUCAGGAAAAGCUUCUCAAGAGGAUGCAACAAAGAAGACGCCGCAUCCUAAUUGACGCAGCGAAAGAGCAGAAAGCAAUGGCUCAAGAUGCUCUGGAGCAUCAGGCCCAACUACUGAGCCAGCAACUCCAUCAGCAACGCUUUCUCUUUAGUCGAGCAAAAACUAAACAGGUGGCCCUCAAGUUCUCUCACCAGUGGCUUGUACAAGCCCGGCAAAUGCUGCGAGCUCGCGCUGAAGGUGCUGAAGAAGAUGAACAGAAGUUGCACGAGCUGUCGGAGAGGGAGUUUAUGAAACGCUGCAACCUCAUGCGCAAGACGCUUGCGAAAAGCAUGAAGCAAGUUGAGUCUCUCGUUCGGGGUCUUAUGCCGGACAAGAGUUCGCGAGACACCCCAAGAGGUGAUGAAGGUCAAACAAUAAGACAGGGCCGGCAAGGCCAAGCAACAAGACUGGCAGUGUGCCUUCAAGAGGUAAGGAACCGGAAGCCACCGGCUCACCACACCUUAAAGAGAUCGGCUAUCAGAAAUAUACACCAGCAAGUAUCAACUUCUGCCACGCAGCUCAACGUCGUUCGACGCAAAUUCCUCAACUCUCGCACAUGA